GUUAGUGUCACCUGUUUUUGAUGGGUAUUUCAUCUCUCUUACUCCCUGGUUACAAGGGUUUCGAUGUCCUAAUUAUCCGCAAAUAAACGGCAAGAGCCCUGUGAUAUCGCAUCCGAUCUCUGAAAAACUUUUUUCAGGUUUUCAUCUUCUUUUCUUCUUCUCCUCGUCGCUUCAUCUCUGUUAAUCCAUCCCGGUGUUUCCAACAAAGAAUUCAAGUUCCGUGUUUUUUUAUAUACGACGCAUCGCAGCAAAAUCGUAGAUGAAGGUUUUUCCGAAGCUGUGAAGAUCUAAGGUUAUUUGUAGUGUUGGAGUUGAUUGUCUAUCGUUUCGAAGUAUUGUUCGGGUAAGAAUUUGAAUCAUGGAUGCGGAUAUCUUACGGGCGAUGAAGCAAAAACAUUUGAAUUGUCUGGGGAUAUGUAUGGUUUUCACGUGUUGUUGCUGAACUCGAGAAUAAAGUUCAGCUUUUUUAUUUGUAGACUUCUGCAUUUUUGAUUUUGAAAGGUGGUGGUGGUGAGAUCUAGGGUUUGGGAUACCGGUUUUGGUGUUUAUGAGAUAAAUUUUGUUACGAUGGAUAUGGAACUCGUCGGGGAUGUCGCUGCCCUCGACAUCGAAUUGUUACAGCUACCGGAGGUGUCUCCUUUGGCGCUUAAAUCGAACCCUCACAUUGCUGAAGAGUUGUUCUCACAGUGGCUUUCACUUCCAGACACCUGUCGACUGGUAAAAUCUUUGCUUGAUGAUGCAAAGGCAGGUGCUUUGAUAAAUGUCCCUGGUAACUCGACGACAGCAAAUGCCACUGCAAGCAAUUCAUUGCCUUCGAUGUUUCCUGCUGGCAGUGCACCUCCACUUUCACCGAGAAGCACUGCUGGUUCUCCUCGUGUUAUGAAACAGAGACCUGGUCCUUCUUUUUUUGGUUCUCCUCUAAAAAUAGUCAGUGAACCAGUGAAGGAAGUCAUUCCUCAAUUUUACUUUCAAAAUGGCCGCCCUCCACCAAAUGAGCUGAAAGAGCAGAUUAUGUCUAGAAUCAAUCAAUUUUUUUAUGGUCACAUGGAUGGACUGCAAGUUCAUGAAUUUAAAGCAGUAAUGAAAGAAAUCUGCAAGCUACCAUCAUUUUUCUCCACUGCUCUUUUCAAAAAGAUUGAUUCUAAUUGCACUCAGGCUGUAACAAGGGAUGCCUUUGUUGAUUAUUGGGUCAAUAGUAACAUGAUGACAAUGGAUUUAGCAACACAAAUAUUUACAAUUUUAAAACAACCAGAUCAUAUGUACCUCACUCAGGAUGAUUUCAAACCUGUCCUGCGAGAACUUUUGGCAACUCAUCCAGGGUUGGAAUUCUUACAAAGCACUCCUGAGUUUCAGGAAAGAUAUGCCGAAACUGUCAUAUACAGAAUAUUUUACUAUGUCAAUAGAUCAGGGAAUGGCCAUCUUACCCUCAGGGAGCUGAAACGUGGAAAUCUAAUUGCGGCAAUGCAACACGCAGAUGAGGAAGAGGAUAUUAACAAAGUUCUGAGGUACUUUUCAUAUGAACAUUUUUAUGUGAUAUAUUGCAAGUUCUGGGAGCUGGAUAUGGAUCAUGAUUUCUUGAUUGACAAAGAGAAUCUUAUUAGAUAUGGUAACCAUGCUCUUACUUACAGGAUUGUUGAUCGAAUAUUUUCACAGGUUCCAAGAAAGUUCACAAGCAAGGUUGAAGGGAAAAUGGGUUACGAAGAUUUUGUUUACUUCAUGCUUUCAGAGGAGGAUAAAUCAUCUGAGCCUAGUCUUGAGUAUUGGUUCAAGUGUAUAGAUUUGGAUGGAAAUGGAGUUCUCACUCCUAAUGAAAUGCAGUUCUUUUAUGAGGAACAGUUGCAUCGGAUGGAAUGUAUGGCCCAAGAACCUGUGCUUUUUGAGGAUAUUUUAUGCCAGAUGGUUGACAUGAUUGGGCCAGAGAAUGAGAGUUAUUUGACAUUGCGUGACUUAAAGGGCUGCAAACUUUCUGGAAAUGUUUUCAACAUUCUAUUCAAUCUUAAUAAGUUCAUGGCCUUCGAAACUCGUGAUCCAUUUCUUAUUCGUCAGGAACGGGAAGAUCCAACUUUGACAGAGUGGGACCGCUUUGCCCAUAGAGAAUAUAUAAGGCUUUCAAUGGAAGAAGAUGGUGAGGAUGCCUCCAAUGGAAGUGCGGAAGUUUGGGACGAGUCAUCACUUGAAGCUCCCUUCUGAGUCCAACUAGAAGGAACUAGUCAUAUAUUUACACCAUGUGAACAUGAGAAAGCUUUGGCUGCUUUUACGUGAACCUGGCCAUUGAAUGAAGGAACACUCGUCACAUGAAAAUCCUCUUUGAACAAACUUAGCUGCUACAUCCACCCUCGUCAGCAGAAAAUUUCUGCCUUGCCAUGUGAAAAAUGUCUCAAAUGUGUUUAUUUUUCUGGCAGGCGACAGUCUGGCCAUAAUGCAAAUGAACGGGGCACUAGGGAGUGCCACAAAGAACAAAUCUUUUUGGAAAUGCCCUCUGUGCCUCCCUGGGAUGGAGGGGCAGUUGCUUACAAAGUGAUGUAAACAUCGUCCAGGUAACAAUAGUUCAGAAUUUUAUCAGUCACAUUUUUUUUUUCUUUUUGUAAGGAAAGCUGUUCUAUUAGUCUUGUUGCAUUUUUCUUUCAUCGUGUCCAUUGUGUGAAGUUUGAGCAGGCAUAAUAGCUUCAUGGGCACAUAUUAUUCUGGGUACGAUGGUUACAUCUUUGGUCCUUUUCCGUUGGGUUUUUUCUUCUCCUUAGAUGUUCACUUUAUUGGAUUUUUGGUGGAAGGAAAGAUACCUUGAUCAUUUGUAUUCA